CCUAGGGUAGACGCAAUUUGUACAAAACCAAAACAGGAUCGAUUCAGAAACCGGCCACCACGCUUUUUGAGGCUCGAAAAUGGCAGUGUGUGUUUCUGUUAUUGCGAAAGAAAAUUACCCACUAUACAUCAAGACUAUACCAACUGAAAAUGAAUUGAAGUUUCACUACACAGUGCAUACAUGUCUGGAUGUGGUGGAAGAAAAAGUUUCCUCAGUUAGUAAAAGUGUUAAUGAUCUUCGAGAACUGUACCUUGGUUUGUUAUACCCAACAGAAGAUUACAAGGUCUAUGGCUAUGUGACCAAUACAAAGGUCAAGUUUGUUAUCGUAGUAGAAACAUCUAAUACUUUACUGAGAGACAAUGAAAUUAGAAGUAUGUUCCGUAAACUUCAUAAUGCCUAUACAGAUAUGCUGUGCAAUCCUUUCUAUACUCCAGGUGAAACAAUCAAAUCCCGUUCAUUUGACAAACUGGUAUUACAGAUGAUGGUUUCAGAAGUACAAUCUUAAUAACUAUUUGGUAUAAGUACAUUGCUAUGUGUUCAGUAUUAUCAUCCAGUGGAAAAUGUUAAGGAAUGACAUUGCAGUCAUUCAUACACAGCGUGUGCAGCUACACAAACUGUUAGUGCAAUAGGUCGACCUUGUCAUUACCGCGAGGGAUUAUUUCUUCCCUUCAUUCAAAAUAUCAACUCUGAUUGACAGAUUAAACUUUCUCUGAACUUUGAAUCUGCUAGAACAUUAUGAAGACAAAUACAAGGCAUAGGUUACCAAUUGCUCUACACCUCAACAAAUGAUAGCUUUUGCCACACCUUAACAUGUCAUGACAAGCCCAAGA